AUGCGUAUUGUCAAGGCAGCAUACCACUACGUGAGCGAAUUGGAGCGCACCAUCCCAGAUGGCCUUGGGUAUCUUGGGAUUGGGUCUUCUAUUUUGUUCUUGUCAUGUGUGUUUCUGAUUUACAUUGUCGUGAAAGCCAUUGUACGCCUUUACUUCCAUCCCUUGAGUGAUAUACCCGGCCCUCGGCUGGCUGCUGUGAGUAGAUGGUAUGACUUUUACUAUAAUGUCAUUCAUGACGGUACCUACUCCGGCCAGUGGCUACAAAUGCACAAGAAGUAUAAUUCCCCGGUCAUCCGCAUUGGAGUUAAUCAUGUGCACGUAGCAGAUGAAAGUCUUUAUCAUGAGAUUUACUGCUCUGGGACCCAAUACAACAAGGAUCCAUCAUUUUACAAGCGCCUUGGCCUUGAUGGAGCAAUUCUAACAAUUACGGACCCCGAACAACAUCGAGCUUACCGAAAUAUCAUCAAUUCAUUGUUUUCGGCUAGAACAACCAACGAACUGGGCCCAAUUAUGGCCCUUGAGCUACAAAAUGUAGCUAAAUAUUUAAGCAAGAAAAACAAGGAAAACACCCCCAUUAUAAUCCAGCGCGUUUAUCGUUCUGUAUCGGCUGACAUGGUAUGCGAACUGAUGUUCGGGAAAUCUCUCAACUUGGUUGAGACCCCUGAUGCGUACCACGACCUGAUGCAAAGUGUUGAUCGAUUCAGUGCCAUAACAUGGCUGAAAAUGCAUUUCCCUAUCAUAAACAAUAUCGUCGCAGCGUUCCCUGGCUUUCUUAUCGACAUGAUUCUUCCUGGAUGGCUGGGCUACCGAAAGAAACUUGGAAGUUGGUAUGCAGAGUCCAGUAAUCGCUAUGAUCUGGGGAAAAUAAGCGACAAUCGACCUACAUUCUAUGAUCUAAUUGUGAAUGCCCAAUCGAAAGGGGGUGAAAUGAGAUUUGACCGCGAUUUACUAGUUGACGACAGUCUUAACUAUAUCAUCGCAGGCAUGGAUACGACAAGCUAUACGCUCGCGUAUGCGACAUACUAUAUCCUGACCCUGAAAGAUGUUAAGUCUAAACUCUGUGCCGAACUGGACGAGGCUGCACCCUUUAUCCGUACAACGACAGACUUGAGGAAAAUCCAACAACUGCCGUAUCUGACUGCAGUAAUCAAGGAAGCUCUCCGCCUGAGUGUUGCAGCCCCUGGAGGUCUCCCACGACUAGUCCCUGCUCAAGGCAUGGAGAUUGGAAAGAUCUUUGUGCCGGAAGGGACUACAGUCUCACUAUCGCAUCGAGUUGUACAAAUGAGCGAGAGAAUAUUUCCUAACCCCGAUGAGUUCACCCCUGAGAGGUGGCUAGGCAGAGAUGGCCUGGCUUUGGAAAAGUGGAAUAUCGCAUUCAGCAAAGGACCCCGUCAAUGCAUCGGUAUGAACUUGGCGUAUCUCGAGAUGUACGCAAGUAUUGCAUACUUGUUUUCACGAUUCGAGAUGACCUUGUUCGAGACCGACAAAUCCAGUAUAGCGUCAUUUGACCGAUUUGCGGCUAGAACUAAGUCGGAAGUAAAAGUGAAGAUAUUAAGCGACCGAUGGGAGGAGAAUUAA